CGUCCCUGUCUCUCUGAUAAUAUAAAAACUAUAUUUAUUACUCGCCAUCAUCUCUUCUUCUUUUCCCUCUUUCUCAUCUCCAUCACUCUCCUUCAUUCCACCUCUCCUUCCCUCACCCACAACAAGACCCAUCUACUACCAUGGUUAACAUUUGCUGCAUCGGUGCCGGUUACGUCGGCGGUCCCUCCUGCGCUGUCAUCGCCUACCAGUGCCAUGAUGUCAAGGUCACAAUCGUCGACUUGAACCAGGCCCGUAUCGAUGCCUGGAACUCGGAUGAACUUCCCAUCUAUGAGCCCGGUCUGGACGAGAUCGUCUUUGCUCGCCGCGGCAAGAAUUUGUUCUUCACCACUGAGGUUGACCAGGCCAUCAUCGACGCCGAUCUGAUCUUUGUCUCUGUCAACACCCCCACCAAGAAGUCUGGUAUGGGUGCUGGCUAUGCUGCCGAUCUUGCAUACAUCGAGACUGCCACCCGCCGCAUCGCACAGGUCGCCACCUCGUCCAAGGUUGUCAUCGAAAAGUCGACCGUCCCCUGCCGCACCGCCCAGAGCAUGCGCACCAUCCUCGAGGCCAACUCGACCAAGGGCAUCCGCUUCGAUAUCCUCUCCAACCCUGAGUUCUUGGCUGAGGGUACCGCUAUCAAGGACUUGACUGCCCCCGACCGUGUCCUCAUCGGAUGCCUCCAGACCCCCGAGGGCUUUGCUGCCCAGCAAAAGUUGGUCGACAUCUACACUCGCUGGAUCCCUAAGGAGCGUGUCAUCACCAUGAACUUGUGGUCCUCCGAGUUGUCCAAGCUGGCUGCCAACGCCCUUCUUGCCCAGCGUAUCUCCUCCAUCAAUGCCCUCUCUGCUAUCUGCGAGGCCACUGGCGCUGACGUCGAUGAGGUCGCCUAUGCAUGCGGUACUGACUCUCGCAUUGGACCCAAGUUCUUGAAGGCCUCGGUCGGUUUCGGUGGCUCUUGUUUCCAGAAGGAUAUCCUCAACUUGGUCUACCUCAGCGAGCAGCUCCACCUACCUGAGGUUGCUGCCUACUGGAAGUCUGUCGUCACCAUGAACGAAUAUCAGAAGAUGCGCUUCACCCACCGUAUUGUUCGUACUCUCUUCAACACCGUCACCUUCAAGCGUAUUGCUCUUCUUGGAUUCGCCUUCAAGAAGGACACUGGUGAUACGCGCGAAUCCGCCGCCAUCACCCUCUCCAGCUAUCUUAUCCAGGAGCGCGCCAACAUUGCCAUCUACGAUCCCAAGGUCAGCGCCAAGCAGAUCAAGCUGGAUCUCACGGAGCCCGGCGUUGGCACCAACGAGGCCGACGUUGAGAAGCACGUCCAGGUCUGCAAGAGCGCCUAUGAGGCAUGCAAGGACGCUGCUGCGAUCGUUAUCUGCACUGAGUGGGACGAGUUCAAGAUGCAGCACCUGGACUACCAGAAGAUCUUCGACUCUAUGCAGAAGCCCGCCUUCAUCUUUGAUGGUCGUUUGAUCUUAGAUGCCCCCAAGCUGAGGGACAUUGGUUUCCGCGUCGAGACCAUCGGAAAGAGCAUCUAAACAUUCUUUUUUCGUCAUUGCAUUCCUUGAUCUUCCUCUCUUUUCCCUGUAGUUGUAUAUCCAUACCUCUCGUCUUUUUUGUCUUUCUUUUUGGUUCUUUUCUUCUCCAUUUCACGGGUUGUAUCCUUCACUCUAUUUCCCAUAGUGCUAAAUGGACCUCAUACCAUUCCAUUAAGUUAAUAAAAAAUGUUUCACA